AAAAAAAACUCGCUGCAGGUUUGGUUUCCUUCUUUCUUUUUCAAAUCACAGUGUCUGUCCAUAGCCACUCUCAAUCAAUCGCUGCCAGAGUUACUCCGAAUCUCCGUCACCGCCCACUCUUCCUUUUGCGGCGGAUACAUACAUAGAAUCGCAUCGGGAGCCCGGAAAUUUGGAUCCACGAUGGGGCGCAACUCAGUGCCCACCCCGGAGCCCGCCUCCGACGACGCCGCUGCGGCGGCCUUGGGUUCGAUCCGGGAUCGUUUUCCGUUCAAGAGAUACCAAAACAGUGGGAGCGCCGCCGUGCUGUCGCGUUCGUCAAAGGCGGUGCCCAAAACCUCCCGAUCUCACCACCACCACAAGCGGAAGUUCUUCUUCUUCCCCUUUAAAGGGAAAUCGUGGUUUUACCUCUGCAUUUUCAUGGUCAUUUUCAUGUUCGGUUUGGCCUCGAUGGUUUUACAGAGCUCGAUCAUGUCGGUCUUCAUUUUUCGGCCAGGAGUUGGCCGGGAUAGAAUGAGGUGGAGGUGGUCGGUUAGGGAGGGGUUGGAGUUGGGGAGCUCAUUGGAGUUCGUGCAGCGGAGAUGGCUCGAACUCAACGGAAGCAAGCUCGAUUGGCUCCGAAGCCAGCCUAGGAUUGGCGUCCGCCCUCCCAGAAUCGGACUGAUAAUAGGGAACAUGAAGAAGGAUCCAUCGACAUUGAUGCUAUACUCCGUGAUUAAGAAUUUAAAGGGUCUUGGCUAUUUAUUCAAGAUAUAUGCCAUGGGAGAUGGUGGGGCACUUUCAGUGUGGCAAGAAAUUGGAGGUCAAAUCUCAAUCUUAAGCCCUGAAAGAUAUGGUCAUAUUGAUUGGUCAAUUUUUGAAGGUGUUGUUGCUGACUCUCUUGAAGCCAAGGAUGCCAUUUCUAGCCUUAUGCAGGAGCCUUUCUGCUCUGUUCCCCUGAUAUGGAUUAUUCAAGAGGAUACACUUGCUAAUCGCCUGCUACUAUAUGAGAGCAGUGGCUGGAACCACCUAAUUUCUAAUUGGAAAAAUGCCUUCAGCAGGGCUGAUGCGGUUGUGUUUCCGGAUUUUUCUUUUCCGAUGUUAUAUAGCUUGCUUGACACUGGAAACUUCUUUGUGAUUCCUGGAUCACCAAUAGAUGUUUGGGCUGCAGAAAGAUAUAGCAAGACCCAUUCCAAGGAUCAGCUUCGAAAGGAGAAUGGUUUUGAUGAUGAUGAUGUACUGGUUUUGAUUGUUGGGAGUUCCUUUUUCUACAAUGAGCUAGCGUGGGACUAUGCUGUGACAAUCCAUGAUCUAGAGCCACUGCUCAUCAAAUAUGCUGGGUCAAAUGAUGCCGGAUUUACCUCCAAGUUUAUUUUCCUUUUUGGGAACUCCAGCAAAGACUAUGAUGAUGAUUUUCAGGAUGUCGCAGCUCGUUUGGGAUUGCUUCAAGGAUCAUUGAAGCAUUACGGCAUAAAUAGUGAUGUGAAUGGAUUAAUGCUGAUGGCUGACGUCAUUUUAUAUGGCUCCUCUCAAGAUGAACAGGGAUUUCCUCCCUUGGUGACUAGGGCUUUGUCAUUUGAAAUUCCUGUAAUUGCCCCAGAUUAUCCCGUCAUAACAAAAUAUGUUGUUGAUGGGGUUCACGGGAUUAUUUUCCAAAAAAAGGAUCCUGAAGCCUUGAAAAAUGCCUUUUCACUUCUGAUAUCUGAAGGAAAAUUGACUAAAUUAGCACAUUCUGUUGCAUCCUCGGGAAGACAUCGUGCCAAGAAUAUGUUUGCAUCGGAGAGCUUCAAAGCUUAUGCAAAACUACUGGAGCAUGUCUGUGAUUUCCCAUCAGAUGUCAUGCUACCAGGCCAUACUUCUCAUCUGAAUGGUAGCAUAUGGGAAUGGCAUCUCUUCAGAAAGGAACUCGACUGGCUCUCUAGUAAUGCUGAAGACCUACAUGAAGAAGGCCUUCUGGGGAAAAAUUCAAGUAUAUUUUACCAUAUCGAAGAAAGCAUGACUAAUUAUCAUCCAGGAAAACAUGAAGCUCAGAAUAGCACUGAAGAUUUGGAAGAUGAGUUACCCACAGUGCAGGACUGGGACAUCGUGAGUGAAAUGGAAAGUUCCGAGGAAGUUGAUAGGCUAGAAAAUGAGGAGAUCGAUGAAAGAAUGGAGAAAGACAUUGGUGAGUGGGAUGAUAUCUAUCGCAAUGCCAGAAAAUCAGAAAAGCUGAGGUUUGAAGCUAAUGAGAGGGACGAAGGAGAGCUAGAAAGAACUGGGCAGCCACUGUGCAUAUAUGAGAUCUACGAUGGUGCUGGGGGUUGGCCAUUUUUACACCAUGGUUCAUUAUACCGUGGAUUAAGUCUUUCUACUAAAGCCCGAAGAUUGAGUUCAGAUGAUGUCGAUGCAGUUGGUCGCCUUCCCAUCCUGAAUGACACGUAUUAUCGUGAUAUUCUCUGUGAGAUUGGAGGAAUGUUUUCAAUUGCUAAUGUGAUCAAUGACAUUCACAAAACACCUUGGAUUGGAUUUCAGUCGUGGCGUGCUGCUGGGAGGAAGGUAUCGUUAUCCAGAAAAGCAGAAGACGUUUUAGAGAAAGCUAUACAAGAAAACACGAAAGGAGAUGUUAUAUACUUUUGGGCAAGUUUGAAUACGGAUAUUGGCAUUGUCGAAAACCAUGAUUUGCCCACUUUUUGGUCCACCUGCGACAUUAUCAAUGCAGGAAGAUGUCGAACAACAUUUGAAUAUGCAUUCCGUCGAAUGUAUGGCUUACCAUCGAAUGUGGAAGCACUUCCCCCCAUGCCCGAAGGCGGAGGGCAUUGGUUGGCACUACAUAGCUGGGUCAUGCCGACCCCUUCCUUCCUCGAAUUCGUAAUGUUUUCCAGGAUGUUCGCCGAUUCUCUCCACAGUCUACACAUGAACUCAAGCAAGAUGCCGGAUUGUAAACUAGGAUUUUCAGCGCUCGAGAAGAAACAUUGUUACUGUCGACUUUUGGAGCUCUUAGUAAACGUAUGGGCCUAUCACAGCGCUCGAAGGAUAGUUCACAUCAAUCCUCACACCGGGUCGUUGCAAGAGCAGCACCCCGUCGAACAGCGCAAAGGUCUGAUGUGGGUAAAAUACUUCAACAGCACCUUACUCAAAAGCAUGGAUGAAGAUCUCGCAGAAGCCGCGGACGACGGCGACCACCCCUACGAGAAAUGGCUGUGGCCAUUAACUGGCGAAGUCUACUGGCAAGGAGUGUACGAACAGGAGCGGGAGCAACGGUACCGGCUGAAAAUGGACAAGAAACGGAAAAUGAAGGAGAAAUUGAUCGAUCGAUUAAAGCAUGGGUACAAGCAGAAGACACUAGCAGGAUAGGAGGGGUAACGAUUUGUUCUUCCAUCGAAUCGAAUCAUCCGACGGACAGAAAGACGCGGCACAAUCGACGGAUUAGAUCUUUCCGGAACGAGAGAUGUUUGCGCCGCUGAAAGAUGCCUUGGCCCGGCCAAUGCUCCGCCGGCUUUUCGGGAUUCCGGAAGCCUUGCCAAAAAUGGGCAUGGCCAAGGCCAACGGAUCCUUGGUUUUAUUUUCUAUUUAUAUUUGUACCAAUUUUGGUUCGUGAUUUUUUUGUUUGGCCUUGUUUUUUCGUUUCUACACGAGAACUAUAUACAUUUUUUAGUUACUGUAUAUAUAUAUAUAUAUAAACAUAUAGAUACGUACCUUUGACAAAAGCAUAAUAAUGAAAGACAACAGGCCGUAGGAUUUUUGACAUACGUGUUCGGGAGUUCGAAGGAAAAUAACACGCCCGUGUUCUGAUUGUGACAAAGAGCUCUUAACUAACUUAAGAGCUUAGUUAAUGUUGGGGUUAGUUUUAGUUUUAUUUUUAU